AUGACAGCAGUUUUGGAUCCCUUCAAGCCAUUCUCUGCAGAGCUGCAUGUCAUCAGACGGCUGAGCUCCAGUCUGUACAGGGCUGGAGGUGGAGAAGAUGGACAGGAAUCUGGACGUGUAAACUCUCCUUUUGCUAGAAGUCAGCCUUCGGCUGAGCGUGUCAACCUGGCUCCUUUACGAGACGACGUUCCCUUGCUGGAUCCUUGCUGUGGCCAGCUAAGUGCUGGAGCGGAGGUAGUCUUAGGGGUCAAAGGUCGACAGAAAUUCAUAGAUUUUCAGCAUGUGGCCUCUGCUCUGUGGGUGCCUCCAGGUUUCAGAGAGCGGCCACACACUGCCCCAAACUCCUCUGUUAUUUGUGUAGACCUGAGGGAAGAUAAGGAUUGGAACUCCAGGAGGAUCCCUGAUGCAGUUUUGAGAGCAACGCUCAGUGGUUCAACCAAUCCUGUUAAAGUUCAACGACAUUCAGCAAGGACGUCAACUAAAGCAACAUCACACAGCAGAUUCACUGAUAAACACGCUGCACCUCAGGAUGGCCUCUCUUCUGAUUUGAGACUGUGGACAGACGACUCACCAGCAGCUCGGCGCUUCAGAUACACUUCUGCAACACAGAGGAGUUAUGAGGAAGUUGGCUGGGAUACUAAGUUACCCUGGCGCUUGAAGGCACCGGAAACAACCCUGGAGAAUAUUGUGGACCCAGUGAGUGAGCGUCCCUCAUCAAGGCGCUACAAUAGUCGACCUCAGCUGUGGCAGUCUAUUGGAGCUGAGUGGAACAGGCAGCAGCUUCGACGGAGGAAUGAUGCCAGGAAACCCAUAUCAUUCUGCAGCGGAUGUCCGAGGUCAGGUCAAAUCCCUUCGUACACAGGUACGAUUGGCUCUGAGAACAUGGAUAACAUCGACAACAUGGAUGAAGACUUUCACCCGCUGACCCUGAGGAGGAGCGUCGUGCCCCAGUACGUGCCUACAGCACGCCGAACCACCAUCCCUGGAUAUACAGGCAGGGCUGCUUAUGCUAACUGUGCUGCUGAUGCUGCAGUCUCUGUCCCAGCUGUCUCCAGUGCUGCACGCUCCUCUGGGUGA